ACAAAUGCCUCUGAAAUGGAUACAAUAGUUGGUGAGGAACCGGAACAGCUCUCUCUUGUGUCAAUUGUAGUUGUUGGCAUCUUUUUAUCGGUGCUGAUAUUCCUCUCGGUUGCCGGCAACAUCCUCGUCUGUCUCGCCAUUUACACGGAGCGCAGCCUUCGUCGCAUUGGCAAUCUGUUCCUGGCCUCAUUAGCGAUUGCGGAUCUCUUUGUGGCCUCACUGGUGAUGACAUUCGCGGGCGUCAACGAUUUGCUCGGUUAUUGGAUCUUUGGAGCAGAGUUUUGUGAUACUUGGGUGGCCUUUGAUGUCAUGUGCUCGACGGCAUCUAUUUUAAAUCUGUGUGCCAUAUCCAUGGACCGCUACAUACACAUCAAGGAUCCGCUCAGAUAUGGCCGUUGGGUGACACGACGCGUUGCUGUCAUUACAAUUGCCGCCAUUUGGCUGCUGGCGGCCUUUGUAUCCUUUGUGCCCAUCUCGCUGGGCAUUCAUCGACCCGAUCAGCCCUUGAUAUUCGAGGAUAACGGCAAGAAGUAUCCCACAUGUGCUCUGGACCUGACACCUACAUAUGCCGUCGUCUCCAGUUGCAUCAGUUUCUACUUUCCCUGCGUCGUCAUGAUUGGCAUCUACUGUCGACUGUACUGCUAUGCUCAGAAGCACGUGAAGUCCAUCAAGGCGGUGACACGGCCCGGAGAGGUGGCCGAGAAGCAGCGCUACAAAAGCAUACGUCGACCGAAGAAUCAGCCAAAGAAGUUCAAGGUGCGAAAUCUGCAUCACAGCUCUCCGUAUCACGUAUCGGAUCACAAGGCGGCUGUCACAGUGGGCGUGAUAAUGGGCGUGUUUCUUAUCUGCUGGGUGCCGUUCUUCUGUGUGAACAUCACGGCUGCGUUCUGCAAGACUUGCAUUGGGGGACAGACCUUUAAGAUACUCACCUGGCUGGGAUACUCGAACUCGGCAUUUAAUCCGAUCAUUUACUCGAUAUUCAACAAGGAGUUCCGGGAUGCUUUCAAGCGAAUUCUCACCAUGCGGAAUCCGUGGUGUUGUGCCCAGGAUGUGGGAAACAUUCAUCCGCGGAACAGCGAUCGAUUCAUUACGGAUUAUGCCGCCAAGAACGUGGUUGUGAUGAAUUCGGGACGCUCCAGUGCCGAGUUGGAACAGGUAUCUGCAAUUUGA